GCCACGCUGGAACGCACGAAGGGCGCCCUGGACUUCGAGAGUGCCGUGUACCACUGGACACAGCAGUUGCUUACGCGCAUGCCGUCUCCCACCGACGCCGGCACAAUACAACAAGCUAAAGUUGCCGCUCUUGCUUGGCUCGACUCCCACCCCAGAGAAGAGGUGGCGCCAGCGGCCAAAGCUUCCUACGACACCAUACGAAACGUGCGAUAUCGGUACGCUCGCCCUGGCGACGGCAACAUAUGCGAUCGAUGUGGAUGGGUCCCACCAGCAGGCAUUGUUCCGAGGGCCGCCAACAAGCUCUUCCACCACCACCGCCGCGACUGCCGCGGCUGCACGUACAAGCAGGCCGCCUCCGACAACAAGCUCGGCCCGGAUGCGCGUCGCACCGUGGCGGCCUUCCUGCAGAAAAACAACCAGGCGGCCAUACAGGCGGGGCGCGAGCGGAACUUGCGUCAGAGGAUGGCUCGCGCCCCCGAGGCUCUCCAGAACGCCGCCCACGACCUCGACACCACCGUGCCGUACUUCGUCUCCGAGUCCGGCGUCAACAGGUACAAGUUCCAGUGCAAGCACUGCCACCGGAAAAUGAAGCGUGCCGACGCCUUCUGUCGCACGCUGGAGGCCGCAUUCUCUGAGGUGAAGAAGGUGCCCGCGACGGUCAUGCAGGUGGCGGUCACGGUCUGGCACUCGAACGUGCAGGUGGCCCCGAACCAAGACGACCUCAGGAGUGCUCUACGACACGCGACCCGCAUGGACGCCGACGUCGUAGUGCUCACAGAGACUUACUGGGACGAGACGCGUGCGAAGGAGCGCGUAUCCGCGUGCUGCAGGUCGGGCCACGCCUUCGCAGGGGCCUCUCACACGACCACUCCGAACACAGCGGGCGUGGCCAUCUACGGUCCAGCAGGCACGCGUCGCGAUCCAUGGUGCUGGCCCACCUCCCUACGAGGCCGGGUAGCAUCAGCAGUGCUUCGCGCCGGCUCAACGGACGUCUUGAUCAUCGGAUCCGUGCACGGCCACUCCGGCACCAAGCGGGCAUCGAAGGCCGGCAGGGCCGCUCUCGCAGAUGCUCUCGCCGUGCGCGCUGCUGCCGCCGACCUACCCGCAGUCAUGGUUGCGGAUUGGAAUGCCCCGCCAGACGACGACGACGACUAUUCCUCCCUCGCGGACUGCACCAUCGACCACCGAGUUAUGGGCCACCUGGAUGCCCCCACGCAUACUGGCGGCAGGUGCAUCGAUUAUUCACGCAGCCGCAGUUUGACGACGCUCGAUGCCAAGCUCGGCCCACCUGUCUCGGGCGAGCUUUCAGCCAAGAGUCCAUCCGACCACGUCCGCCACCGCGCGGAAUUCGCCGCGGGCGCCGACGCCGACGUCGCCUCCCUACGACGCCACCACCCGCUGGCACCUCCCGCCUCCAAAGCCUUGUUGUUGGAAGCAUGGGGGCGCGCGGCCACCGCCACGCGCCUCGCCGAGGCGGCGGCCGAACAAGACCCGAGCACGCAUUGGCAGGCUUGGUCGGGUACCCUGGAGCUCAGCGCCGGUGCCCCCCAGCACAGCCUCACCAGGCCCGACGGCGACGACGCGCGGCGAUGGACCAAGGUGUGGAACUCUGCCGCGGACCACGCCAACACCGAGGAGCACCGACAGCCAGUCGCAGAACGGCGCUUCCGACGCGACUACCGGCGCUUCCUGCAGUACGGCAACAUCCAGGGCGAGGACGCGGCACUCAGCGCCUCCCUCGCCAAGAGCCUCGGCCCCCUGGUUUCCGACGGCUGCAUUCCCCACCCAUCCACCCACGACGACGCCGUCUGCAGCGUUCGACGGGCCAUCCGGGCCUUCGAGGAGGAGGUCAUCCAGUCCCGCUUGAACGAGUGCCUCGACCAGUAUUUCGCCGAGGCCGCCAGAUACGCGGCCCCAGUCCGACCGCGCGCGGAGCGCGGUGGAAAGCGGCGCCUCGAGUGGGGCAGGUUCACCGUUGCAGGCCUCAUGGCGGCAGCACGUGGUUGCCGGGGCACCGCAGCCGGGCCCGCGGACUACGACGCCGAUUUCCUGCUCUCGACGCCCACGCCUGCGCGGCAGCACUUGGCGGACCUCGCUGACAAGAUCAUGGGCGCGGGCAUCUGGCCGGACGCGCUCCGCGCGCAGAACGCGACCUUCAUUCCGAAGAUCUCCUCGCAGGCCGCCGUCGCCGCGCGCAUAGCCGACAACCUCCCGACAGUUGCAUGCGCCAGUGACCUGGCCAGCUGCUUCAAUCACAUCGACCCGUCUUCGGCGGAGCGAGCGGCGGUUCUUCGCGGCAUGCCGGACACGCGCGCUCUUUUCCUCUUCUCCGUGAACGUGGACAAGCCCACAAUGUUCCGCGGUGGAAAGUGCGCCAUGCGCGCCCCACCGCCAGACAGCGGUCUUGCACAGGGCGACCCGAGCUCUCCGCUGGGAGCGGCUGCGGUCGCCGCCACGCACAAGGCAAUCUUGGAGAGCACAGUCGACGGCCAGCAGCACUUCGACGCGCACGUCGACGACAGGGCGGCCCUGACCAACUCUUUGGAGGCAGACC